AUGGAAGUGUACAAUAAAGAGUUAGCUGAUAACUCAGCUAUGAUUCAGAAAUCGAAUCAAUCAAGCAAACCACCGUCAUUAGAAGAACAUCCUGAAAUCAAACGGGUGCGAAGAUAUUCAUUGAUUUUUAUCGGAAUUAAUUUAGUUCUUUGUGUGAUUAAUUUUCUUUUUGUCAUUCAUUCAUAUGCUGCUAGUGAAUCAUUAGAAAAUCAAUCUCCAAAUAGUAGUUCUCAACUAGCAGUAGUUAUUGUCUUAUUAAUUUACUAUGGUUUUGGAUUAUUAGUGACUCAUCGUUAUUAUCAAACAGGGUUACUUUUUUUUGUCUUACUUGGUUUAGGGGCACUUAUUUUAAAGAUCUUAAUUAUUGUAGUUCUUUUAAUACGAAUUAUUCAUGAUGCAACACGUGAUGGAUUUGUAAAUGCUGGAAUAAUUGUCGCCAUUAUAUUUGUUUCGAUUUGUUCAAUAGUAUCAGUUUUACAAGUAAAAAAAUAUUUAAUUGAUUUUUAUUAUCAAACUAUUUUUAUUUAUUAUUCUUUCUAUUAUAGAUAA